UGUGAAAUUGAAAUGUGAUGAAAUUGAAGAUGAAAGAACAAGCGCGAUUGUAUUUGCUUGCUUUGCGUUGUAAUAACGAAUUAUUUUUCGUUGCGUGUUCGGUGCCUAGUUGUUAGCUUUCAUGCUACAUAAAUGACUGCAGUUUACAAACUUUUAUGUGUACAAGGAUUUUCAAAAAUAGUCAUGGUGCAAGUGUGAUAGUAGUGAUAGUGAUAACAUUAUUGUCAAGCUCAGCUGGUCGUGACGAGCGGUAAAAAUCUCACCAGUUUUUCUUUAGUGGGUAGCACUUUUUGUGCUCCAUUUCCUGAAGGUAUGCCGUUAUUUUCUAUUUAUUAGAUUGUUCAAACAUGGUAUCUUCUUAAUUUUUCGUGUCUAAAUAUUUUUUUAUGUGUGAUGUGUUUUGUUUCUAUUACACAUAUAACACGACAAAUUAAGCACACGUGCAGAUAUAAUUUUAUUUAAAAAACAAGAUACGAUUUUCAAUGUGUUUGAAGUUAUUAUUUACUAAGAUUCGCAUUGGCCGUGAUCCAGAUUUUGCGUCCUACUGCGCGGGAACUUGCGAUAUUUUUAGUUUAUUAGUCAAACGAUGAAAAACGCGUAGGUACCUAGCAAUUUUUAUAAGAUCAAUCUCCCAAUUUCAGUAUUAUAAUGGUUUCAUAAAGAAAAAAAAAUAAACAAAGUGAAGUGCUUAUUAAGUGAAUAAAAAUGAGUGAAAAUCAAGAAUUUACUCCGGCGAACGCCGCGCCACCACCUCCAGCCCCUGCAUCUUCAACAUCAUCUGAAAACUUAUCAACAACCAGCACAGCCGCAGCUUCUUCCAAACCUGACUCAACAAGGCCAUCAUCACUUCCAAAGCCGUCUGGCCUGAAACCUCCAACUAAAAUUGGGAGGCUCUGCUCCAACAGUGCACCAAAACCUGCCAUCCCUAUUUCUCCGAGAACUGACGGCAGUUCUUCGGAGCUAAGGAAGCUUAGCGACGACUCGUCAAGAAAACAUUUGUCAGACCUUAUUGAAGCCGAAGAGGACGAAGUCAGCAGCAGUCUGCCGGAAAGACCGCGUACACAUCGCAAAGCUUCUACUAGCAGCACGUACAGCAUCACCUCAAUGGACGCACUUUGGGAGAAGCACCCUCGCCGCCUUAGCGAAGCUGGCCUUAGAAGGUCGUCAGAUCACAGCGUCAUCUUAACAGAAGACACAGACAGUUUUAUAAUUGGAGAACGCGUUUGGGUGGGUGGCACUAAGCCAGGUCAGAUUGCUUACAUUGGCGAAACACAAUUUGCUCCCGGCGAUUGGGCAGGCAUCGUGCUCGACGACCCUAUUGGAAAAAAUGACGGGUCGGUAGCUGGAGUUCGUUACUUCCAGUGUGCAGAGAAGCGUGGAGUGUUCUCUCGCUUGACACGUCUCACGAGAGUUCCCCUUAUAACGCACGCACCUCACGAUGUGUCACCUUCCUCUGAUGCGGGAAGUGUCUUUGAACGUCCACCCUCUGGGGCCGCCAGACCCCGACGCACUUUAUCACCCAAUGGAAGUAUUCGCAGUAUGGUCAGCAGUAAGAUGAAUGCGUCAAUUUCGACUACGAACAAUGGAGAAUUAAGACUAGGUGACCGAGUUAUAGUAUCAAGUAGCCGCGGAAGUAAAGCAGGCAUACUUAGAUAUGUUGGCGUCACUGACUUUGCUCCUGGUGUAUGGGGAGGCGUUGAGCUUGACGAUCCUCUUGGGAAAAAUGAUGGAUCAGUUGACGGAAAGAGAUAUUUCGAGUGCGCUCCGCGCUUCGGCCUAUUUGCCCCAAUUUCGAAGAUAUCCAGAUCUCCUUCCAACCGCAAGCCUGGUGCUUGUGCAAUCCACAGCAACGGUCGGGCGACUCCUCUGCGGCGUUCGAACUCACGGGAGUCUCUAACGUCAUUGGGAACUUCGAUCGCGUCGUCCCGUGUUGGGGUGAGGCUAGGGGUGACGUCGCUGGGCGCUCAGCGAGUCGGUGGUCCGCGAGCCUCCUCCACCCCGGUGUCGGCGAAGAACGCGUUGCAGGAACUACUGCGUGAGAAGCAGCAACAUUUAGAACGAUUGAUGCGAGAACGUGAAUUGGAACGAGCGGAGGUCGCGAAGGUUUCAUUACAAGCAGAGCGAGCGGAAAAUGCGCUUGCGCAACUAAGGAAGGAAGCCACACAGGCAAGCACUGAGAAUGGGAAGCUCAAAGUGGAACUGGACAAACUCAACAAGAUGCUGGAAGACGAACGGCAGAAGGUCGAGGACCUCAUGUUCAGGACCGAGGAGGAGAAUAUCAACAAGGAAGACUACAAUAAAUACAAGGACGCGAUGGAGCAAGAGAAAGCGGCACAUCUCCACCGCAUUCGCGAGUUGGAAGCGGAAGCAGCGCUGCAAGCGGCUCGAGCGGAUACCACGGCCGCAGCGCUCCAAGCGCUUGAAGACCAGCGCAGUGCCGAAGCCGCUGUGAUCGCUGAACAACACAAGGAGGAGCUGACGGCCGCACAAACGUUAUCCUCAGAACUACAGAAACUAUUAGACGAAGCAUAUGCACUCCUUAAAGAAAAAGAGAAUGAAAAGGAUUCGCUAGGAAAGAGUAUGUCCGAAGAAUUGACCAAAUUGAAAGCAGAUUCUGAGAAAGCUCUAAAUGAAGCGAAAUCCAAGAUGGCGAUAGCACAAACUCAGUUUGACACUCAAAUUUCCGUGUUGACUGCUAAUUUACAACUGGUUGAGUCUAAAUUAGAAGCUGAGAAACAGAAUGUAGAAAGAUUAAAUAAAGAAAAUAGCCAAACUAUCACAGAUUUGAACACUAAGUUGACUCAACUACAAGCUGCCGUAGAUGAUAAAACACUAGAAUUAAAUAAAGUUCUAGGUGCCAGUAAAGAACACGAGGUUAAUCUUAAUAAAGAAAUAACUAAACUAAAAAUGGAACUAAGUGCUAAAGUCCUAGAUUUAGAACAGUUAGAAGAUACAAAAAAGAAACAAGAAGCAGCAUGUAAAAACUUGCAAGAUGAAAUUGCUCGCGUCAAAGAGGAAUAUUCAAACAAAAUAAACGAAUACGAAAGUUUGCUUAAUGAAGUUUCUCAACAAAAUGAUAAAAAUAAAAUGGAGAUAGUAGAACUCCAGCAAAGUUUAUCGGCCAAAACGAAAGACUACGAAAAAUUGCUUAAUGAAAGCAGUGAUUCAAAUUCUUCCACAGAAAAACUUGUAACAGAAUAUAAGCAAACGAUUCAUGAAAGAGAUAAGGAAAUAAUAAAGCUAAAAGACGAGUUUGAACAAGCAACAGCAAACUUUAAUAUAAAACAUAGUAAAAUUGCAGAAGAACAUAAGAAGGAAAUUGAAAACCGUAACACUAAAAUUGAACAGCUAACUAAAGAAAUCGAAACUCACAUGCAAGCAUUAGAUCAAAGUAAAAUUGAGUUCGAUUCGUUAAAUUCAAGGUUUAUAAUCAACGAAGAUGAACUGAAGGCGUUGAAAGAAGAAAAUGACAAAUUGAAGCAAUCCGUUAUUGAGUUAACAAAUGCCAACAAUGAUCUCAAAGCAAAGUUAUCAGCCAUGGAACUUGAAAUCGGUGAACAGAAACGGCAACUCCAAAGUACAAAAGAUAAAUGCGACGAAUUACAAAAAGCCAAAGAAAAAGUAGAAACGGAAUAUUUAAACCUUACUGGACAGGCCACUGAUUCCAACGAACAAUUCCAUAAGUUAUCCCAACAUCUAAAGGAAAGUGAGAAAGAAGUCCAAGAUCUUAAAGAUAAGUACAGAGAAGCAUCCAAUAACCAUGGUAGGAUGGAACAGGAACUUAAACAGAAGUUGUUUAAAUUGCAAGAAGAUUUUUCUCUGGAGCGAGGUCAGUUGGUAGAAUCUGUUAAUAAUAACGUGGAAAAGCUUAAAUCUACUGAAAAUCAAAUGAAAGAAUACGAAAAUAAAUUACUUGAAUCAAAUAAUAAAUUAAGGGAACUAGAAGCAAAUAAUGAUAAAUUCAUGGAUGAAAAUACUAUUCUGAAAAAUGAAAUUGAGUCACUAAAGAUUAAAGAGCAAGAACUUAAUACUGAAUUUGAAACAAUAAGAAAGAAACUAGAAGUCGAUAUUGACAAAUAUAAAGAAGAAAUUUCAAUAUUAAAGUCGGAAGGUGAGAGUUCGGAAGUAAAAUUGAUUGAAAAAGUGGAUCAACUAACAGAAGCUCAGAAUGAUUUAAAUAACAAAUUAGAAGAGUCCAGAAAACACGAAGAUUCUUUACAAAAGUUUUUGGAUGAUAUGACUUCACAAUUGAAUGUCCAAAAGAGUCAAUACGAAAAAGAAAUUUCUCAACUUCAGUUACAGCUGGCUUCUGUUAGUGAAGAAUUAAAUAAACAUAAAUCAGAAGAAAAUAAAGUUAAACAGUUACUGGAAGAAAAACAAAAUAGUUUUAAAGAAUUAAGUCUAAAAUUAGAAAUGCUAGAAGUUGACCUUAAAUCAAAUAUUGAAAUAGUUGCUGAAAAAGAUCGCCAAAUAGCACAAGUAAGCGUAGAAUUAAAUAAAACUGCUGAAAGCAAAAAAGUAUUAGAAGAAAAAUUAAAUAAUGCCUUACUAGAAUCGUCCAAUUUGAAACAGAAAUGCGAAAGCCUUGUAACGAAUUCUUCGGCAGAAGAAUCCGUGCUUAAGGAACAAUUAAGCCAAUUUGAAUCAGUUAAAAAAGAAAUUGCUAUUUUAAGCCAAGAUAAGGCGACAUUAGAAUCAAAAUAUAAUGAAACAACAGAUGAGUUAAAUAAAUUAAAAAUACUACAUGAAGAAAUCACCAAUAAGUUAAAAGAGAACAUCAACAACGAAAACGAUCUAAGAAAGACUCUGGAAGAAAAAGAACAGUUAUUGAAAUCCCAUGUUGAACGAGUGACGACUGAUGAAAAUAAGAUUAAAUUGUUAGAAGAGGAAACAGCAACCCUAAAGCAGGAAUUAGCAGUCAACAUGGCACUUACAGAAGAGAAGGAGGCAAAGUUUACUAAGCUUAAUAAUAUGUUACAAUCCGGAACAGAUGAAAGUCAGAAAAUAAUCAAGCAACUUCAAGACGAAAACGCUCAUAUAAAUGAAAAAUAUAAAAAAGAUGUAGAGUCAUUAAACAAAGCAAUGAAAUCAUUACAAGUUAAAGUUACAGAGCAAGAAAAACACCUUGAGGAAUUGAUCCAAGCAAGAGAAAAAAUUACUGAACUUCAGCAACAAGUGACUAAAGCAGAACAAGAUAUUAAACAACUGACAGAUAUAAAUGCAGGCCAAAAGUCUAAUUAUGAGGAUCUGAAUAAACAACUCCAAGCACAGUAUGAUGAAUAUAAAAAGGAAAGCAAACGCUCUAAGCAUGAUCUUAAAAUCAAAUUGAGUGAUUAUGAGAAAGAGUUACAAGAAUCCAAAGAAAAGGUCAAAGUUGAAGCAGAAAAUCAGAAAAAACUUGAACAAAGCCUCUCCGCAGCGGAAAAAAGAGUGAUGGAACUUACCCAGAAAUUAGAAUUAGUAACCGUGCAACAAAGCACUGAUGCCGAAAAAGAUGCCAAAUUAGAAAAAUUAACAUUAGAAUUACAGGAAGCUAGGAGGUUUAAUGCAGAAGCGCUGGAAAUUAGUGAAACAGCUAUCAAAAAUCUUAAGACGGAUGUCGAACAUAAGGCGAAGGAUUUAAAACAAAAGAAUGAGUUGAUAAGUAGAUUACAGGAAGAGAUAAAGUCUCACAAAGCCAAAGUAGAGAUAGCUGAAAGGGAAAAGGUGCUCUUGCAGAAGGAAUUGGCGAGCAAGGUCAACGUCCGGGAUAACAAUGACAAUACUGCGAUGGGUGUUCUUGGCCAAGGCGACAACCCUACUCAAAAGCAAGAAGACAAGGAGAUGCUGGACGGGCAGGUGAGCUUCCUCAACUCUGUGAUCGUGGACAUGCAGCGCAAGAACGAGCAGCUCAUGGCGCGCGUGCUCGCGCUCGAGGGCGGAGUGGCCGAUACCGCGCCCGUAUUCAACGGUCGCAAAUCCCGCCCCGCUCCCCGCUUAUUCUGCGACAUCUGCGACGUGUUCGACGCUCACGACACCGAGGAUUGUCCGCGCCAGUCCGCCGAGCCCGACCCGCUGCCGGUCGCCGGCAAGAAGCCGCCGCCGCCGCCAAGACCCUAUUGCGACAUUUGUGAAGUGUUCGGCCACGCCACCGAGAACUGUGAUGAAGAGGAAACAUUUUAAUACCUAGUAAUAGUAUUUAUUGAACAUUAGAAAUAAUGUUACCGUUGUUAUUGUUACUCGUUUUAUUUGGGUAUUAUUUAUUAUUGUUUACCAUAAACAUGGUAUAACUCGUUUAAAUGUUAACUUAGGCAAUUGUCUUUUGUAAAUAAGAAAUUUGAUCUUUUAGAUAAUUAUAAGUUGAUAAUUGCAUGAUAUUUUACUAUACAUGGUGAAUGGCAUGUUGUAAUUUUUUUCAUUUGCAUUAUCUGGAUAUAAUGCAUAUUGAGAAUAAAUUUCUAAGCACAAAUCAUUCAUUUACAUCACAAUCGUGUUUUAAGAUCUACACAAUGUUAUUUUCAGAGAUCGGAAUAGGUAGAUUGAUUUUAUGUACUUGCAUCAUGAAUUACCAUAGAAAGCUUAACGUAAAAGAAAUGGAAAAAAAAAUUCCAUUUCAGUACUUACGGGAUUGAAUUAAAUAUUAUAAAUUUAUGGAUUUUCAAACUAACUUUAAGAUACGAAACGUUACUGUCUGGUAUAUCUAUCCUUUUCCCAAUUUAUUUGGAAACACGCUGUGUUUCCAUUUCUUGCAUUCUUUUCUGCGUCUAUUGCUUCUAGUUGUAACAUUCCAAAACUUUUUUCCGGAAAAAAUCUUAAUAAUUUACAAAUCCCGCAAUCCCGGAGGCAUGUCUAUAUUAAUAUAUACGUUUCAGUUCAUUGACCCCAAUUCAAUCUACCUAUUCCGACCUCUGGUUAUUAUACAAUUAAAAUUAUGGCAAUAAAAAUAAACACCAAAUUAUAACCAUUUUUAUAAACAAUAAAUUUAAUAGAAAACUU